AGAUAGCACAGCUUCAAAGUUGACGACAUCGUAAAAAUUAAUGAACACAAAAAUCUGCUUUUUUUUGUCUUGAAUUAAGGUUAGCAGUGUGGUUAACGCUGUGGUUAAUGUUAGGUUUCAAAUCACAUUUGAAAGAUGAUAAAGUGUAGAAAUAGGCGGGGUUGAAGACUUUGUGGCUGUGGUAACGACCCUUUGCAGCAGGAGGGAUGCAGUUGAUCCGCCAUUUCAGCAGCUACGAUGAGACCUACUUCCAGUAAACAUUGAGGGGGGACCAUCAAUUUACCACAUUUUUGCGUAGUUAGGUAUAGGGCAACCGUGAGAGGAGGCAAAACGAGUCCUCUAAAGGUUUGCGGAAAGGGGCGGAAGAUGGCGGUCGACAGACGAGACGAGAAAGAGGGAGAGCUCAACGUACUGGACGAUAUCCUCACCGAGGCCCCUGAUCAGGACGAUGAGCUCUACAACCCGGAGAGUGAACACCACGUCAACCAGAAAAAAGGGUCUAAGAGGAAGAACGACCGAGGGGAUAACCACGAGCUGAAGCGUCUGCGGCCCUCGGCUCACACCACCACCAGACAGGCCACCAAGAGAUCUGCCCCCUCGGCUGGGGCCAGCGGGAAGAAGCUGGUCAACCCCAGGGGAGGACGGCACCCCUCCGAAUACAAGACUGAAGAUUACUACGAGGACAGGAAGACCCAUUCCAUGAGAGCUGGUGGGGCGCAGAGGGGGGACCCUCUCAAAGCAGCCCAGCCUGACAAGCCCCUGGGCCGCAGGAGAGAGCCAGACAGACAGAGGAUCAAGCCCCUCAUGCCAGAGCUCACCACAGAGAAGCUGAUGCGUCCCAGUGAGGAGAGUGUUGGCAGGGUCAGCGCCUCCUCCAAGGAAGAGGAAGAGGAGGAGGAAGAGGAGGCGUCGGACCAGGAGACAGGCAGCACGGCCGAGUCCUCCGAUGGAGACAGAUCCAACAUGGAGGGAGAAGAGGGGAUGGAGGAGGAAGAGGAGGAGGGAGAGAAGGGCCCAGAGGAAGACGAGGAAGACGAGGAGGAGGAGGAGGAGUAUGAGCAGGAGGAAGGGGAUCAGAGAGCCGUGAAUGAACCGCAUGGCUACGACACUCGCAGCGAAGCCAGCGACUCCCAGUCUGAGUCAGUGUCCUUCUCUGAGGGGGAGUCGGUUCACUCUGGCUCCGGGUCUGACGCCUCAGGUUCUGAGAAGAAGCGUGAGAAGCUGUCGUCGUCUGUCCGCGCCGUCCGUAAGGACCAGACCAGCAAGCUGAAGUACGUCCUACGAGACGCACGCUUCUUCCUGAUCAAGAGCAACAACCAUGAGAACGUCUCCCUGGCCAAGGCUAAGGGGGUGUGGUCCACUCUGCCCGUUAAUGAGAAGAAGCUGAACGCUGCCUUCCGUUCCGCCCGCAGCGUCGUCCUGGUCUUCUCCGUCAGGGAGAGCGGAAAGUUCCAAGGUUUUGCCAGGCUGUCGUCUGAGUCCCAUCAUGGAGGGUCUCCCAUCCACUGGGUCCUGCCUGCUGGGAUGAACGCCAAGAUGCUGGGUGGGGUGUUCAAGAUCCACUGGAUCUGCAGACGGGAGUUGCCAUUCACUAAAACAGCUCACCUCUCCAACCCAUGGAAUGAACACAAGCCUGUAAAGAUCGGCCGGGAUGGACAGGAGAUCGAGACCGAGUGUGGGAUGCAGCUGUGCAUGCUGUUCCCCCAGGACGAGAGCAUUGACUUGUAUCAAGUUAUUCAUAAAAUGCGACACAAGAGGAGGAUGCCUUCGGAGCCGCGUUCUCGAGGACGCCCGCCGCACAGAGAGCCCGCCCGAGGCGACCUGGGAAGGCGUCGGCCCGAGGAAUAUGACAUUCACAACAGGAAACGCCCGAGGAUUGACUAUCCAGCAGAGUUCCCACAGAGACCAGGCUUUAUGCCAGUUCAACGUAACCCACCAGUUGACCGGCGCUUCCCCACUGGAGUAAGAAGAGAUGUUUUUCUCAAUGGGUCCUACAACGAUUACAUGAGAGAGUUCCACCACACCAUUGGGCCGCCGCCUCCUUGGCAAGGAAUGGCCCCUUACCCUGGGAUGGAGCAGCCGCCUCACCACCCGUUCUACCAACACCACCCUCCUCCUCCCCAGGCGCACCCCCCGUACGCUGGGCACCACCCUGUACCACACGACGCCCGCUUCAGGGAGAAGAGAGUCGUCCGCUCCUUCAGCUCCAGCCUGCAUGACUAUGACAUGCGGGUGGAUGACUUCCUGAGACGGACCCAGGCCGUGGUGACCGGUCGCCGCAGCCGACCCCGAGAACGAGACCGGCAGAGGGAGCGAGAACGGCCCCGGGACGCCCGCCGGGACCGUGACAGAGACCGUGGACGCGAGCGUGACCGGGAGAGAGACAGGAUCAGGGAGAGGGAGAGGGAGAAGGAGAGGGGGCGCUACAGGAGAUAAUCGGGGACAAAAUCAAAUCAAACAGCAAGUCCCGUGGUAGUGUCUCUUACCUAGUUUUUUUCUUUUUUUUUUUUUUUUUUAAAGAAGCUGAACUGUUCUGUUUUUACAUUGUGCUGUGAAGGCAUCUCAUGUGUAUCAUGCAUGCAGUGUAACUGAACUAACUGGGGGGGGGGGCAACAACCAAAAAUCCACAUUUUAGUUUCUUAUUUUGGGGGGGAGACGUGGUUAAGAGCAUCUAACUAUUGGAGAUUGUUUUUUUGUUUAUUCUUCCUUAGACUGUCCUGGAUUUUCAAUGUAUAACGUCUUGUGUGUAUUUUAGAAGGGAUUGACCUUUGCACUUGCCACAUUGUCUUUGUGCUGUUCAUAAUUGUACAUGGUUCAAUUGAAGAUCUGUCUACUAAAAGGGGUAUAAUUGUACUGAAUCUGGCAGUGUUAUUGCGAAGUCCCCUUUUUGCCUUUUUAGUUUCAAGCCAUUUAUUUUUUCUAGUGUUUUGACCGAUCCGGAAGCAAAAAGCAAUAUUGUUGUCAUGUCUAGAUUGAUCUCUUUCCUUUCUGAAGUUUAAACCAAGACUCCAAUCAGUGCUGUAAGGCUUAACGUUUAGAGAACCUGCAAUGUUUGUUGUCGAGGGAAUAAGGUAUCACUUGUCUUGGAUGGCUGUUUUUUGUACAAAAAAUUAAAUACUGUGAGUAUUUUA